UCUCUUCAUAUAUAUAAAUAUAUAUAUAGAUAGAUAGAUAGAUAGAUAGAUAGAUAGAUAGAGCUUGUGCUCUUCUAUUAAUUUCUGAUCAUCAUCAUCAUCAUCAUCAUCAUCAUCAUCACCACCUUAGACUCUCUCUCUAGUGGAGAAGAGGUUGAUCGAUCGAGUAAGGAUGCAGAACCUCGAGAACAUCUUGGACUCAAGGAUGCAGAACCUCGAGAACAUCCUGGACUUGAUCAACGGCCGCGUGAAGGGCACGGUGCCGGUGAAGGGCACGGUGGUGCUGAUGCGCAAGAACGUCCUCGACUUCAACGACUUCAGCGCGUCCGUCAUCGACAACAUCAGUGAGCUGCUCCUCGGCCGGGAGGUCUCCCUCCAGCUCGUCAGCGCCACCGUCGGCGAUCCCAAUAACAGGAAUCGGGGAGUGGUGGGGCAGGCGGCGUAUUUGGAGAAGAACACUAGCUCGUUGCCGUCGCUGGCGGCAGGGGAGUCGAAGUACAACGUGACGUUCCAGUGGGAUGCGAAGACCGGAAUACCCGGGGCGGUGAUCGUGAAGAACCAUCACACCUUCCAGUUCUACCUCAAGACGCUCACCAUCGAUGAUUUCCCGGGCAAGGGCCGGAUAGUUUUCGUCUGCAACUCCUGGGUCUACCCGGCCGACAAGUACAGCUACGACCGCACGUAUUUUCGCGCAAACACACCGGCACCUCUGCUGCCAUACCGAGACGACGAGCUCUACCACCUUAAGGGAGAUUAUGUAACCGGGCAACUGCAAGAAUGGGACCGUGUUUACAACUACGCCUACUACAAUGAUCUUGGGAAUCCCGACAGGAGUCCGGCGUUAGCUCGCCCUGUUCUCGGUGGUUCCGCAGAGUACCCCUAUCCACGGAGGGGAAAGACUGGUCGCCCACCCACCAAUAUAGAUCCCAACUCAGAGAGCCAACUGCCGUUGUUGAGCUUGGACAUAUACGUGCCCCGCGACGAGCGGUUUGGGCAUCUCAAAAUGGCCGAUUUCCUCACGUACGCUCUCAAGGCUGUCCCUCAGUCUAUACUUCCGCUAUUGGAGUCCAUCAGCAAUGCUACACCGUUCAAGUUCGACUCGUUCGACGAUGUGCUGAAACUGUACGAUGGCGGCAUCCCGGUUCCCAAAAUCUCUUUGUUCGACGAGCUCAGGGAGAAGAACCCCAUAGAGAUGAUCGAGGAGUUGCUCCACACCAAAGGCAACCAGCGGUUAAGGAAGCUCCCCAAGCCACAAGUCAUUCAAGCUGACGAGUGGGCCUGGCGAACUGACGAAGAAUUCACGCGGGAAAUGCUUGCUGGAGUGAAUCCUCUCAUCAUCAAUCGGCUUGACGUGUUCCCGCCGGUCAGCAAACUCGAUCCCAGCAAAUACGGAAAUCAGAACAGCACCAUAACAGCAGCCCAUAUUCAGAACAACUUGGAUGGAUCGACAAUAGAUCAGGCAUUGAAGGAUAACAGAUUAUUCAUCUUGGAUCACCAUGAUACACUAAUUCCUUAUCUGAAUCGCAUUAAUUCUACGGGAAACAAGAUUUACGCAUCAAGAACGCUCUUGUUUCUAAAAGAGGACUCGACUCUCAAGCCAUUAGCGAUUGAACUCAGCUUGCCCAGCCCCGACGGGGAGCAACACGGUGCCGUCAGCAAUGUGUACACACCAUCAGAAAAUGGCGUCGAAGGAGCCAUUUGGCAGCUCGCUAAAGCCUAUGCCACAGUAAACGACUCCGGCGUCCACCAGCUCAUUAGCCACUGGUUGAACACCCACGCGACGAUGGAACCGUUUGUCAUUGCGACGAACCGGCAACUAAGCGCGCUUCACCCAAUCAACAAGCUCCUAAGCCCGCACUAUCGCGACACGAUGAAUAUCAAUGCCUUGGCCCGCCAGAUACUCAACAAUGCUGGAGGAAUCCUCGAGCUGACCGUCUUCCCUGCGCGGUACGCCAUGGAGAUGUCUUCUUUUGUCUACAAAAGCUGGAACUUCAUGGAGGAAGCUCUCCCUGCCGAUCUCAUCAAGAGAGGAAUUCUGGUCGGCGACGGCGAGCACCCCGACAAGCAGCAACUACUGAUCAAGGACUAUCCAUAUGCUGUCGACGGACUCGCAAUUUGGCACGCGAUCGAGACUUGGGUGUCCGACUAUUGCUCCAUUUACUACCCGAGCGAUGCGGCGGUCCAAGCGGACGCCGAGCUGCAGGCGUGGUGGAAGGAAGUGCGUGAGGUCGGGCACGGCGACAAGAAGGAUGAGCCUUGGUGGCCCCAGAUGCAGGCGGUCUCAGAACUGACCCACGCAUGCACGACCGUCAUCUGGGUCGCAUCCGCCCUCCACGCGGCCGUCAACUUUGGGCAGUACCCUUACGCAGGAUACCUGCCCAACCGUCCCACAAUCAGCCGGCGCUUCAUGCCGGAGCCGGGGUCAGCGGAUUACGAGGAGCUGAAGACGAAUCCGGAUAAGGUGUUCCUACGGACCGUCCCCAGCGAGCUGGAGACGAUUCUCGGCGUGUCGCUGAUCGAAAUUCUGUCGACGCACUCGUCUGAUGAAGUGUACUUAGGCCAGCGCGACACGCCGGAGUGGACCGCCGACCAGAGCGCGCUGCAGGCGUUCGAGCGGUUCAAGGCAAGGCUGGCGCAGAUCGAGGCGGACAUCGUCAAGCGGAACGGCGAUCCGAGCCUCAAGAACCGGAACGGGCCGGUGAAGAUGCCGUACACACUGCUUUACCCGACCAGUACGGUCGGGAUCACGGGGAAGGGAAUUCCGAAUAGUGUAUCGAUUUGAAUUGAACUCCAUGUGUUGUUAUCGGAAAAAACGGUCUGACAACAAGUCCCCAUUAUUACUAGGUGGGGGGCGUGAAAUAAAUGAUAAGAUUAGUAUUACUAGGUGGGGCGUGAAAUAAGUGAUAAGAUUAGGAUUCGAAUUGGGUACAAUUUCCUGCAUAACAUUUUGUACGCAUCAGAUUGAUCCUACAGUUGUAUUUUAGCAUAUUUAAUUCACGACAUCCAAUAGCAAAAUUUACUC